ACAAUCCCACAAAUCAAGUGAUGUAGCUCCUCUAUAUAUAACCCAAAUGAAAUUUUCGAUCUGAAUACAAGGCUGCAAGCAGGCUCAAAUCAAUCUCUUGGUUUGUUCAUCUUUAGUUUUCUUUGGUUUGUUCUUUCUUUUUGUUGGUUCAUACGUCUUUGAAAAUGGCGGGGUUGGUGGACAAGGCCAAGAACUUUGUGGCAGAUAAGAUAGCAAAUGUGCCAAAGCCAGAUGCAAGUCUCACAGACGUUGAUUUCAAGAAGGUGAGUUUUGACUCUGCGGAUUACAUUGCCAAGGUGUCUGUCAACAAUCCCUAUCCACAUCCUCUCCCCGUCUGCGAGGUCAAAUACACCCUCAAAAGUGCUGGCAGGGUUAUUGCAUCUGGGAACAUGCCAGAUCCUGGCUCAAUAAAGUCAAGUGGCACUACUGUGUUGGAGGUGCCUGUGAAGGUGCUACAUAGCAUAAUUGUGACAUUGGUAAGGGACGUUGCUAAGGAUUGGGACAUUGACUAUGAGCUGGAUUUGGGUCUCAUCAUUGACCUCCCUCUAGUUGGGAACCUUACCAUACCUCUAUCUAGGAAGGGCGAAAUCAAGCUUCCCACCUUAUCUGAAGCUAUUUGGGGUUCAAAGGAUGAAGCUUCAAAAGAGACUAAAAAGGAGAUUCCAAAAGAGGCAACAAAGUAGAGGUAAGAUCUAAAGAAAGGGAAAGGGAAAGUCGAAUUAUUUCUGUGUCAUAAAAUGUAAGAGUUAGUAGUUCAUUUUAAAAAUUGGAAGGUGAAAGUCGAAUUCUUGUCGUGAAUGUAAGAGCAAUGUGGUUAUGUUAUACUGUUUGAGACGUUGUAUGGUGUUUUCCUUGCUAAUGGGAUUGAAAUGAACUUUAUCUUUUAUGAAAGAUUAAAAGGAAUUUUUAUUCAUCUUGUA